GGCACCUCACCUAUGAGCCAGGAGGAACCCGCGCCACGAUUAAUAUCGGUGCUCCAAAGCAUGGCAGAUGAGAGGACACGCUCUACUCCACAGGGCAGUGGGGGUCAGGUUGACCACCUUCGACGGCUUCUCUUAUACUCAGAAAUAUCACAGACUAAGGGCCCGCUCAGUCAUCGGGCAGACAUCUCGUUGGCGCAGUCUGUAUGUUCUUUGACUCUCGCUAUCAAAUACGUUCGUCAUCUGGGACGCUGAGUCGAUUCGCCCGAGGAUGGAAAUGAGGCCGUGCCGGACUCCGGCUUGGGGAACAAUUCCAGGCACAACGAAAGAUUGACUUCUCAAAGAGAAUUGAUUUCUGGGUGCUAUUCGAAAUCUGCGAGGUGAAUGAACAAUUUUCUUACGUUCCAUUUCCAUACGUAUUGCCUAUUGUAUGCAUUACC